CGCAUCCCAUCCCUCGCGCACCACACAUUCCCGGCUAUGGCAUCAAGAAGGCUCGCGCUGAGCGUACAGACAGGCCUCCGCGCCCAGAGAGCCAUCAACGCCGUCAAGCCGCGAUCAAACAUCACCCGCCGCGCCCUGGCAACUCCUGUUAGCCAUGGAUCCACCACCGAGUCGACCACCUUGAGCAAUGGCUUCACCAUCGCGACCGAGUACUCCCCAUACGCGCAAACCUCCACCGUCGGAGUCUGGAUCGACGCCGGCUCGCGCGCAGAAACUGACAAGACCAAUGGUACCGCACACUUUCUCGAACAUCUCGCCUUCAAAGGCACGCAAAAGCGCAGCCAGUCGCAAUUAGAACUUGAGAUUGAGAACAUGGGCGGUCACCUCAAUGCCUACACUUCCCGCGAAAACACCGUCUACUACGCAAAGUCCUUCAACAGCGAUGUCCCUCAAUCCGUCGACAUCCUCGCCGAUAUCCUCCAGAACAGCAAGCUCGAGAACUCUGCUAUUGAGCGCGAGCGAGACGUUAUUCUCCGGGAACAAGAGGAGGUCGACAAGCAAUUGGAGGAAGUGGUUUUCGACCAUCUCCAUGCCACUGCUUUCCAGAACCAGCCACUCGGCCGCACCAUCUUGGGACCAAAAGAGAACAUCCUCAGCAUCUCCCGCGAUGAUCUGACCAACUACAUCAAGACCAACUACACUGCUGACCGCAUGGUCUUGGUUGGCGCAGGUGGUGUGCCACACGAGCAGCUUGUAAAGCUUGCCGAGCAGUACUUUGGCAACAUCCCAGCAUACAACCCGAACGCGCAGAACAACGCCUACGUGCGAGGUCUUGAGUCCAAGCCUGAUUUUGUUGGAUCGGAGGUCCGGAUACGAGAUGACACGAUGCCAACUGCCAACAUCGCCAUCGCCGUGGAGGGUGUGAGCUGGAAGGACGACGACUACUUCACUGCUCUUGUAACUCAAGCCAUUGUUGGGAACUGGGAUCGUAGCAUGGGCAACUCGCCGUACCUCGGCAGCAAACUCUCCACCUUCAUUCACGACCACAAGCUCGCCAACUCGUUCAUGUCAUUCUCCACAUCAUAUUCCGAUACUGGCCUCUGGGGUAUCUACAUGGUGACUGACGCUGUCACUCGUAUUGACGAUCUUGUCCACUUCACGCUCCGGGAAUGGUCGCGUCUCUCCUUCAACGUUACUGAAGCCGAGACGGAACGCGCCAAGCAGCAACUCAAGGCUAGCAUUCUCCUUUCCCUUGACGGCACCACUUCCGUGGCAGAGGAUAUUGGCCGACAGAUCAUCACCACUGGACGUCGCUUGAGCCCCGAGGAGGUCGAGAGAGUGGUUGGCAGCAUCACGGCACAGGACGUCAUGCGAUUUGCGCAGAACAAGCUGUGGGAUCGCGAUGUUGCCGUUUCCGCCGUUGGACAAAUCGAGGGUCUCCUCGACUACAACAGAAUUCGAGGUGACAUGAGCCGAAAUCUGUCGUAGAGAACGGAGGGUUCAAGAUGAGGAAGACGACGCUAUAGGAAGCGUGGAUAGAGCAAUGGAGAGCAUACAACAAAGAGAGAAACACAGUGUAAUCUCAUAGAAACGCCCACUCCACGACUCCGCUUCCCUUGGCUGUUUGUAGGUAGGCCGGGAGGGAGCGGUAGACGGUUCUGUGUAUAUCUAGCGCCUGAUGAAUUUUUGAACUCACUUUUCAUUGGCUACGGCGAGUAUGAAGCGCGACAAGAGAGGUUGACCAUGAAGUAGUAGUAUGAUCGGUCUCAACGCGAAGACUGUCACAUCCGC